CACGGCGGUUUUUGGGCUAUGGUAUUUAAGAACAGCGGGGCGGUAUUUGUGUUGGGUAGUGGGAUUUAAGGGCUGCCACUGCCCUGCAGAGGCCGCAGGUUCGAAUCUCGAUCGCUACAGUGGCGCUGCGGUCUAGUAGGGCUUUUAAUUUCGUGGGCGUUUUGAUUGGAAAAUUUCUAUCCAUUUUGAAAUGGAUAGUUUGUUUGGGGAUCAGUGAGUUGUGGAUUUUAUUUUUUAGGUUUUGCACAGGUACAUUGCUGAUAGAGCAAGUAUAUUGCUGAUCAGGCAAGAGUUGGGUUUAGUUUGGUAAAUAAAAUAUUGGAUCGUGAAAUGGAAGUUGCUUGCUGCCACCCGGAAGCUACCAUGGAGGAUAUGCAUAAUAAGGGGUUCAAGAUGCAUGGGUGUUCACAUUACCGUCGAAGAUGCCAAAUAAGGGCUCCAUGCUGUGAUGAAGUUUUUGACUGCAGGCAUUGCCAUAAUGAGGCCAAAAAUUCUAUGGAGGUUGAUGUACUUGACAGGCAUGAUAUUCCUCGUCAUGAUGUGCAAAAUGUCAUCUGUUCACUUUGUAGUACUGAACAAGAGGUUCAACAAAACUGUGUUAAUUGUGGUGUCUGUAUGGGGAAGUACUUUUGUGAGACGUGCAAAUUCUAUGAUGAUGAUGAUUCAAAACAAAAAUACCACUGUGAUGGUUGUGGCAUCUGCAGAAUUGGAUUGAAGGAUGAGUUCUUCCACUGCUAUGAGUGUGGAUGUUGCUACUCUAUCUCUUUGAAGGAUCACCACCCUUGUGUCGAAAAAGCGAUGCACCACAACUGUCCUGUGUGCUUUGAGUUUUUGUUUGAGUCUAUAAAGGAAAUCAGUGUUUUGCCUUGUGGUCACACAAUACACAAGGAUUGCUUAGCAGAGAUGCAGCAACAUCGACGAUAUGCAUGCCCAGUGUGUUCAAAAUCUAUUUGUGAUAUGUCUACAGCGUGGGAAAGAAUUGACCAAGAGGUUGCUGCAACUCCUAUGCCGGCAAUUUACCAGAACAGAAUGGUAUGGAUCUUAUGCAAUGACUGUGGAGUAACCUCUGAAGUCAAUUUUCAUAUUAUUGCACACAAGUGUCAAACAUGUGAUUCCUAUAACACUCGGCAGACAAGAGGAGGCCCUGAAAAUUCCUGUGCAUCUAGAGUUUGAUAUGCUCAAUCUUUGGUGAUCACUUUCAACCUCCUGAUGAUGAGGAAGGUUUCUUAUUCACAGCCAUGAAUAAGUUAUUUGCUGCAAAUUAAUAUGCACCGGCAGUGGUUCACAGAAUUCAUUGCAGCUGCUGUGUCUUUUGAAAGCGCUGCUUUGCAGCAAGCAAGUAUUCAGCAGAUCUAGCAUGCAGAUGUUCUGCAUUGCUCGAUAAAAUGCUACAAGCCAUAUCUGUCUGUCAGACUCUCAGUCGCAGUAUAACUGCAAAUUUGUUUGUGAUUGCGAACAUUUCCUGAUGAGAUCAAUGCAGUAUUUAAUUUCGGAUA